UCUGCGACUCAGAUAAAAUAGUCGUUGCGUCUUGUAAAGGAAUAUCAGGCUGCGUUCCCCUCGGCGGAUAAAAUGUUCCGAGGGACACGAUUCAAAUUUGCACUUCGCUCAUUCACUUGCCCCCUAUGUCAGGGACUCAACUGUCACUGCCAGUCGGGUUCUCCACGAUCUGCAUAUCAGUUACUCAGGGCUAGCAUAAUGUCAGUGCUCUCAGAAGCAAGGUUUAAUUGGUUCGGUGCUACUUCUUCCCCGAGUCCAGACCGUGCCAUUCUUUUCUAGCGGGCAUCACUUCCUUCCUUCACUUCUCAUUGUCAAAUGAAAUAUGUUCACAAGUCGCACCCCACUAGAUGCCACACCCAUUCCAUGGGAGGAUAUGGUUCAGGUGUCAUUUUGGACCUGGCGAACGUAAGGUCGCAUCUGCUGGUCAUGUUCACAUGGAGUUGGUUUCUUCGCAUUAUUCUAUUUUAUUUUUGCUUUUGUUCCAGGUACUGGCUGUCCUUUGAAUCUGAGCUCAGAAGACAGUCAUCUGCCCGUAUAAAUACGCGAUGUCGCGACUGUAGCUCCCCAUCGAUCCUUCAAUCGCUCUCAGUGAGUCCAAGGUCGUGUGGUGCUUCCUCCUGUCUGACGCAGUUUUCAGAUAUCUUGACCUCCUCAUUGAAGUCUCAUCUCAAUCUUCUGCAUCACUCAAUUGCAAAGGUACGCUCAAACUUCGUUCACACCGAGUUCACAUUAACCAUUCAGCACACACGAGCAGAUAUUACUAUGGCACCUGUUACCAUUACCAACGCAACUGGUGGCGUGAUCCACGUCACGAUCACUAAUUACGAGGACACAGGCUCGAUGGGUGUCUUUGCUAUCGAUGCCGGCAGUGCUUCGGUCUGGCAGCGAGGCCAAUUUCAAUCGAUGACCGUGUUCAGGGAUAACAAUCCGGUCCCGGAGGUCUCUGUUAUCCAACCUUCCGCGCAGCGCAUUAUCGAGUAGAUGCAGUGGAUGACGACGUGCGCACCGUGUUCCUGCUAGUAAUAAGUGUUGUGUUGUAUAACAAAGUUAGAAAUUGGAAUUGGCACUCUGCGUUUCGAUCCUGAACGUUCU